GCCCUGGUCGGAAUGUUUUUGGGUAGGUCAUUUAUAAAUAUUAAGAACAAUAAUGGUCCCAACACCGUCCCUUGUGGGACACCUGUUUUUGGCAGAAAUGGUUCAGAAAAAUGUUCACCUAUUUUUACAGUAUGAGAUCGAUUUGUGAGAAAAUUUGCUAUCCAUCUAAUUGUUAACCUAUCUAUUUUUAUUUCACAUAAUUUUCUUAUAAGUAUUUCGUAAUCUACACUAUCAAAGGCUUUUUCAAAAUCAAAAUAAAUGACGUCUGUGCCUAACUUCCUAUCAAGUGAGUUGUACCAAUCUUGCAUUGAUGAUAAAAGUUGGAGUGUACAAGAGCUUUUAGGUAAAAACCCAAAUUGCUCUUCAGCUAUUAUUUUAUGCUUGUUAAGGUGUUCUAGUGUGUUAUUCGCUAUCAGACGCUCAAAAAUUCUACAGAUUGGGGAUGUUAAUGCGAUUGGUCUAUAAUUUUUAGGAUCGUUUAAGGAACCCUUCUUUUUAUAUAUAGGCAGAAUGUGUGCUUUUUUCCAUAAUUCAGGAACAAUUCCGGUUUUAAACGUAUUGUUAUAUAAGAUUGAGAGUGGGAGAGCCAAGGG